CGCCGGCUGGUGUUCAUUGUGCAGCUGCUGCGCAGAAUAGAAAACACACGGAGGAGUAAAAAUAGUUUCUCGCUCGGUCUGGAGUGAUGUUUCAAAAGACUGCUGGCUCAUAAGGACGGGCAGGAUGUGUCAGAGGUAGAACAUCUUCAACUGUUGGCUUUUACCUUUUGCAUUAGGACAAGUAGAGUGCCACUCUUCCUCCUCCCUGUUAAAUGAGCGAUGAAGAUGAUGAUGACCCAGGCCUCCUGUAGGAAAGGUCUGCAGGUGUGUUUACUCCUACUGAUGGUGGGAACACUACAGGGCAGGGUAACAGCACCAGAACGUCAGGAGGCUCCCGUGGAGAAGCCCUUCACUUUGACUUGCACUGUUUCAAGGGACCGAGGUGAAACUCUGAGGGAGGUGCGUUGGCUGGAUGUCCAGAAUCAGACCCUGCUGACCUACCAGCCCGGCAACAGAGACAGUGUGAGCGGGCAGCAGUAUGUGGAGCUCGCCCCCUCCCCGAAAGACACCUCAGCUAUCACUAUCCGCAGGGUGGGCUUCCGUGAUGAAGGCUGCUACACCUGCAUCUUUGACAUGCAUCCUUCUGGUUCAAAGCAGGGACAGACGUGCCUCACUGUGACCUCGCAAAUCACCGCUGAUAGAAACAAGACAGCAGUGAGUGGCAAGAAGAUCUCCCUGUCAUGCUCCUACGGUCUGCCCGAAAAGGUGGAGCAGAUCAUAUGGACACACACUUCUGCACAAGGGGUGUCCACAGAGGUGGCUUCUUUUGCAAAGCGGAGCGACCCCAUGAUAGAGCCUCAGUUCCAGGGGAGAAUCUGGCUGAGUGCCUCCCUGUCUGACAGUCAGCUCACCAUCCAGCCUGUCAAUAUCCCGGACGAGGGCUGCUACACUUGCCUGUACAACACACAUCCCAAUGGGCCGAAGAGCUCCACGGUUUGCCUCGCCACCUAUGUGCUGCCCAAACCACAGGUGAGCUACAAGACAACCUCUCCAGGUGUGAUUGAAGCCAACUGCACCUCAGUGUCACGACCACCAGCAGAGAUAGUGUGGAACGUGGAGAGGGAUAACCGCACCAUGGGCCCUCCUGUGACGACACAGAUCCUACAGAGCGACGGGACCACUCAUGUCAUCAGUACGCUAACCGUCCAAUCAGGGCUGCUGAAAGACGUGUCCAUCAAAUGCUUGGUGCACCACAAAGGGCUCGAGUCACCGAUUGCUGUAUCCAUGAACACUAAAAUUGGGACGGCUCUCACCAUCCUGAUCUCAGUCACCACAGUGGCUGCCCUGUUGGUCAUGUCCCUCUGCUUCUGCCUGUGGAAGUGUUUCCUGCGCAAAGAAGCUGAUUAAUCUCUCAGAUCAGAACAAAGGCUGAAAACAAGAUGCAGUGCUUCUCAGAGCCAACCUUGAAGAAUAGUUUCCCUGCAUCAUCAUCAUCAUCGUCGUCGUCAUCACCAUCAUCCUUGUUAUCACCUUGGUACAAAGGGAAGAUAUUCUGACACACAUCGAUAGGAUGUCAUAUACAAUCCUAUUUAUGAACGCCAACUGUACAGCGACAUUCAUCUCUGCUCUCCUGCCUGACUCUUAUAUAAUCUCCAGGCUAUCCUCACAUAACGUCAAUGAGGAAAUGUUGAGCGGAUCUUUUUUUUUUAUAUCUUUCCUCUCUGGCUCUGUAAUUGAUUGAGUCGAUGGACACACUCUCCACAGCACGCAGCGGAGUCACUGUAUGGUAAAUUAAAGCACAGUGAUUCUGCUGUUGCAACAUAUUGCAUAACCUGAAAAUAUUUCCCUCUGUUUGUCUCUGUCUUUUGCCCGAUCCUUUAAGGAUAAAGUCUGGUGAUAUAUUUUUUCUUAUUCAACCAAUCUCAUGAAAACACUAAAACCAACAAUGAAUUGAUUCUAUUAACAGCAACUGUCUUUAGCAGGCCAAAGUCUGAUACAGCAUACCCCUGCAUUGAUGUCUAAAAACACAUCAAUAAGCCACAUAAUGCAGCAGUGACCUGAACAUGGGCACUGUAAUUUAUUGCAUAUUAAUCCGCAGCUGAAAAUAGUCCCCAAAAAAUGCACUUUUUAAAUAACAUUUGCUAAAAAGGACAGUGCCAAGCUGUUUAUUUGGCCACAAGCUGAAAUAAAUUCACGUGCUGUUUUUAAAGAUCCCUGUCCUAAUUCUCCAGCCAAGCCAGUAUUGUAGAGGUGAGCUAACACUUUUUGACAAUAUGAAAAAUACAGACCAUGGCCAGCCUUUUUCUUUCAGUAACAUUAGCUAACUGAAACUCAAGGUUUUACUUCUCGUACCUCAGCCGAAGGCCUCCAUCACUUCUGUGUAUUGUCCAAGCUGGGUGGGGUCAGGCACGUCCUUCAUUUGUUCAACUAAGACAGCUGCAUAAUUAUGUGUUGUUUAUGUAAUAUCUAUUGCAAACUUUUCUACAUGUGUUCAAAGUCUGUUUGUGUAGUGUGUGUGUGUGUGUGUGUGUGUGUGUGUGUGUGUGUGCGCAUAUUUCUUAGAGGUUAAAUUCCACGGUCAGAUAGCUUGAAUUGAUUCCCAGAGGAAACCUUUUUGGUGCCCCUGAAAGGAAUGCGUGUCUUGCUGCCUGUCGACAUUGUAGAGUCGAGAGAGAUCGUGUGUAUGAAGAUGUGAGUAUGAGUGUACAGGUUGGGCUGUGGUGGGUGGCUUCGUGGUUUGAUAAUGAUUAAAUGUCCAGAAGUGCCGCACUGUGAGUGUUUAUGGGGGAAAAAAAGUCAAACUCUGCUUGCUCAUUUGGAUCAAAGAGGCACCUUAAUGCCUACAAUAUGUUAUGAGGCUUUUGGGAUACAUCAUGUGGGUAUUUAAAAACUUAAGCUUUAAUCUUGUAUAUCAAAGCAUAUGAUCACAUUCCUCACCAAUAAUAGGAGUUUAGGCAGCAUUCCUCUGUGUAUAGUUUAACUAUACGCAUGCACCCUUGAUUAUGAGCUCAGAGCUUAACUUAGGAUAAUUCUGAAAUGUGGCUUUAUAACGUUUGUCAAAAAUAGACUGAAGUGCACCACAGUAUCCAACCCUGUACAGAGAAAGUACAGUCUGAUAAUAGAAGAAGAAAAUAUGAAACACUGCAUUAUGACCAACUAUGUAAAGUUGAUGUAAUGAAUGCAACAAAUAGAAUAAUAAAGAUAUUAAAGUAA